AGAACGGCACCCACAGCCCGUUUCAUCAAAUGUCAUUGAAUUUUAACAAAUCUAAGUGUGGAGUUUUUUUAUAGAAGAAUUCGUGUGUUCUUGUCAUUUAGUAGUAAUAUAUUAAAUAAUUGUCUAAAUGGCGCUCAAUCCACAAUAUGAUGCAAUUGGAAAAGGCUUCGUUCAACAAUAUUACACAUUGUUCGAUGAUCCGGCAACGCGAGCAACCCUGGCAAAUAUGUACAACGUUGAAACAUCAUUUAUGACUUUUGAAGGAGUUCAGCUUCAAGGUGCUGUUAAAAUAAUGGAAAAAUUAAAUAGUUUGACAUUUCAAAAGAUUGGUAGACUAAUAACAUCAGUUGACUCUCAACCAAUGUUUGAUGGUGGUGUUCUAAUUAAUGUUCUUGGAAGACUUCAGGUUUGUUCAAAUGUGUAAUUAUUAUCAGAAUUGAUUAAUCACAUAAACUUAUUAAUGGUUUCUUGUUACGUUUGUAACAGACAGAUGAUGAUCAACCACAUGCAUAUCUUCAAACUUUUGUGUUGAAGCCAAUAGGAAAUUCAUUCUAUGUAGAGCAUGACAUAUUCAGACUGGCACUACAUGAUGUUUAAAAGUUCUUUGAACUACAAAGACAAAUGUGAUGAUGACCCUCCUCACCCAUACAUGCAGACUUUCGUCUUGAAGCCACUUGGAGAUUCAUUCUUUGUUCAACACGAUAUAUUCCGCCUGGGAAUCCAUGACUCUGCUUAAUGUAACUACUAAGUAAUCACCUUCCAACAAUGAACAACGUCAUUAUAAUAAAUAAAUGGUCAACACGUCAUUUUACUCUUGUUUUGGUUAACUAGGUAUAAGUUGUACAAUCUAAUGUCUAUUUGUAUAUUCAAAAGAAAACCAAAAUAGAGUCUUAAGCAAUAGUUUUGGGUCAGUAGAUAAUAAUCAUUAUAUUCCUAGUUAAUCAUGAAUUUGCAUUAUUUCUUUUGAAAUAGAUCAUUUUGUCUUAAGCUUUAUUUAUUGACCCAAAAUGGAUGCACUAGAUUUGGUAAAUAUUGGCAUUGAAUUUUGCUUGCUUAUUUUGAGACAGCUUUGGUCAAUGUAACGGUGGACUUUGCAAGUUACACCUUACCUUUUUUAAUAAAUAACAUAAUUUUGUAAAUAGAUUGUGUUUCACUCAUGAAUCUCAGAAUCCUUAAUGAGAUUUUUAUUAAAAUUAGUAAAGAUACUUUUAGUGACCAGUACCCCUAGCACGAACCAUUAUCGAAACCGAAUAGUUUGCGAGUACGAAAUGUCAAUGUCAAAUUUUGUAUAGAAACUUGAACAGCAGCGCCACAAAGUACGUAACGAGAACUAAAAUCAGUACACAUUUGACAAUGACAUUUCGGACUCGCAAACGUUACGAAUUCGAUAUUGGUUCGCGCUAAGGGUACAGUACCCCUAGCACGAACCAUU